GUAUGCGGAAGCGGGUGGCACUGGAGCUCAUAUGCAUCCUGGCCAUUUGAAUCUUGUAUGGCACGUCUGGGAAACAAGUCGAGGGAGACAUCUCACUGACCCAGCUGUUCGCUCGUUUGUUGCGCCGCAUUCCGUGCGGAUAUCGGGCAGAGAUCCUUACAAGGAAAACUCCACGAUCAACGGCGACUAUGAACUCGUUAAAAUUGUGGAGGGGAAACCUUCGUACAAAAAGGUGGAGAACGACCACGUGAUCCGCUUUUGGCCGGCGGAAGAGCGAUGGAUCAUCGACCUGGAAGCCGGCACCUGGGCUUAA